AUGGCCAGUUCUUCGGACGUUGCACAUAAUCCCAACGGUAACACCAUUAUCAUUGCCAUUAUAGUGCCUGCCUGCAUUGUCCUGUUAUUUGUAUCAUUAGCUAUACUACACCGUCAUAGAACUUUCCUUCUACCGGGAAUCAGCCAUGAUGUGGAAGCGGCACGUGAACAAGAGCGCAUGCAAAGACGGCGAGACGAGCUUGAGAGCAACAUCAAGACACAACACUUUUAUGACUGGCUUGCGAUGCAGAAGGAGAAGUACCCCGACUCACUUCUCACUACCGAUCCAGUUUGUGCGAUCUGUCUCGACGAGUUCAACAAAGAUGCGCAGAUACGUGGUCUUCGAUGUUCGCAUGCAUUCCACGCCCAAUGCCUCGGCGAGUGGUUCGGUCGCUAUAACGAGUUCUGCCCGCUCUGCCACCGAACCAUCAUACCAGGCGCAAGACCUAUGAGAGGCAGAAUGAUGGAGCGGCCGCCACCGGUACCCGUCGCAUUCAUGGUAUGA